AUGGAUGUGACUAAGAUUUUCCGCCUGAGCAAUGAAAAACAGGCUAUCUUGUUACAGCUGAUUGCAGUAGGUAUUGCUGCUGUCUUGGCCUUUGCCAUCAGACUUUAUUCCGUCAUUCGUUUUGAAUCAGUCAUCCAUGAGUUUGACCCUUAUUUUAACUAUCGUACCACCCGCUUUAUGACGGAAGAGGGGUUUUACAAGUUCCAUGACUGGUUUGAUGAUAUGGCAUGGUAUCCUCUUGGAAGAAUUAUUGGAGGAACGAUAUAUCCUGGUCUCAUGGUGACGUCAUCUUUUAUUUAUUCACUACUGCAUGCGAUACACGUCACUAUUGACAUACGGAACGUUUGUGUAUUUCUGGCACCCCUGUUUUCCAGCUUUACUACAUUAGUGACAUUCUUGUUGACAAGAGAGCUUCAGGAUAGUGGAGCUGGAUUGUUAGCUGCUGCCAUGGUUGCAAUUGUACCUGGUUACAUCAGUCGAUCAGUGGCUGGCUCUUAUGAUAACGAAGGCAUCGCAAUAUUUUGCAUGCUUUUUACGUUUUAUUUGUGGAUAAAAUCUGUAAAAACAGGAUAUAUAUCUUGGGCUUGUGCUUGCAGUCUUGCAUACUUCUACAUGGUCUCUUCUUGGGGAGGAUACGUGUUUUUAAUAAACAUUAUACCUAUUCAUGUACUAAUCCUUAUGAUUACGGGGAGAUUUUCCAGUCGACUUUAUACUGCCUAUUCUACGGUUUAUGUUUUAGGUACGAUACUUUCAAUGCAAAUUAGCUUUGUUGGCUUUGCUCCUGUAGUUUCAAGUGAACAUAUUGGGGCUCUUGGUGUUUUUGGACUGUGUCAACUCUUCGCCUUCUAUAACUACCUCCAAAGAACUUUGACUUCGGAACAGCUGACAACAGUGUUACGUGUUUUUGGCCUGUCAUUGUUUAGUGUUGCAGUAGUCGCUGGUUCAGUGUUGUCUGCUACAGGAAAAAUUUCACCUUGGACUGGUCGAUUCUAUUCUUUAUUGGAUCCAACCUAUGCUAAAAAUCAUAUUCCAAUUAUUGCUUCUGUGGCUGAACAUCAACCGACUGCAUGGAGUUGUUAUUAUUUCGAUCUUCAAUUUUUAACUAUCAUGUUUCCUGUUGGCUUAUACUACUGCUUCCGAAAGUUAACAGAUGCAAGCAUUUUCACAAUUAUAUACGGUGUCACCAGUGUAUACUUUUCGGGUGUUAUGGUUCGACUUAUUCUUGUAUUAGCACCAAUUAUGUGUAUUUUAGGCGCGAUUGGCAUUUCUGGUAUACUGAAGUCAUUUUCGGCUAAUCUGAAUGCACCAGAGAGUACAGGUACAAAAGUGCCAAGUAAACAUGUUGCCGCUAAUGGAUAUCCAUCCAGUACUGGUACCGGGAAACUAUCUAAAUAUGCAAUUCAGGAUUCCACAUAUCCCUUUAAAAAUGCGGUUGCCACGUUCAUGGUUCUACUUUUAUUAAUUCAGCUGAUAUUUUUUGGACGACAUUGUAUAUGGGUUACAUCAUCAUCCUAUUCUCAUCCGUCUAUUGUAUUGGAGACUUCAGAUAAUUUUGGGAAUCGUCAUAUUCUCGAUGAUUAUAGAGAAGCAUACUAUUGGCUUAGACAAAAUACAAAACCAGAUGCUAAGAUAAUGUCUUGGUGGGAUUAUGGUUAUCAAAUUACGGCUAUUGCAAAUCGUACUGUACUUGUAGAUAAUAAUACAUGGAAUAAUACUCAUAUUGGUCGUGUUGGACAAGCUAUGGCAUCAUCAGAAGAGGAAGCUUAUGAAAUUAUGAAAGAAUUAGAUGUUGAUUAUGUGCUUGUUAUAUUUGGUGGGGUAUUAGGUUACAGUUCUGAUGAUGUGAAUAAAUUUAUCUGGAUGGUACGUAUUGCUGGGAGUACAGAGAAAGGACGUCAUGUGCAUGAAAGUGAUUAUUAUACAUCACAGGGGGAAAUGCGUGUCGAUAAUGCAGCUAGUGAAACAAUGAAGAAUUGUUUACUAUAUAAGCUUAGCUAUUAUCGUUUUUGGGAAAUGAAAACAGCUAGAGAUCAACCAUUAGGAUUUGAUCGAGUACGCGGACAAGUAAUCGGACAUCGAAACUAUGAGCUACAAGGCUUAGAAGAAGCAUUUACCUCUUCCAGUUGGCUUGUACGCAUAUAUCGAGUUAAACCGUACGCAAAUCGUGGAGUCUACUAA